ACAAAAAGGAAUACUAUGCAAAGGGAGCCUACAAAGAAGACAAAGAAGGAUUGCAAAAUGAAGUGUCAGCUGUGUCUCUUCGCACUAUUUGCCUUCGCGGCUCAACUUGCAUUCGCGGAAAAGGAUGAGCAAAAGCUUCGGGCAGAAAUAGCACGCCGAGGCAAUGAAAUAGACAUGGGAGAUGUUGACGAUUAUGACAUAACAAACCCGACAACCGAAAUCCAUAAUAAUCAGGAAUGGAAGAACCUCAGCCCCGAAGACAGGCGCAAGAUGGCAGUCGAAUUUUACUACUCAAUGAUCGGUCUCUGUAAGAAGAAGAACAUCAAGAAUUGCCAACCAAGUGAUGCCCAGUUUAUAGCAAAGGCAUAUGCAAGAGGAGAUCCAGAAUGUUUCUUCUAUUGCGGUUAUGACAAGAUGAAAGAGAAUGCCAAUAAGCUGCCUGGACAGUACACCCUUGCUUUGGCCAUCGACGUUGGCCUUGACUGGCACAAGGAAGUGAAGGAUAUCGAUGAUAUGGAGACGCUCGACAGAGGUGGUCGUCAAGCAGCUGGUGCAAUGUCCAAGAAGUCCGCAAAACGAAUCAUCAUCUUCCCGAUCGUGUUUGCAGCUCUGAGUGCCAUUAUCAAUAUUGGGUCAAUGGCUGCCAUUGGGUACUUCUCUAAUGACAGGAAUCUUGAUGAUAUGUCAAGGGUUGGAGGCAAAGCUGGACAAAUCAGGGCUGCAUUGACACCAGCCUUGAAGGUUACAAGAGCGACUCGUGGCUGCUUUGACGUGAAGGGAAUUGUCAAUGUACAAGACGGGCAGGGUAGCAAAUACAGCAAGAAAAUUGGCGAUCUCAAGGUGGGAGACCAGGUCGAAUCGGUUGAUGAUAAUGGCAACAUUGUGUUCAGCAACGUUUAUUACAUUGCUCACGGAGAUGGAGAAAAGCGAGCUAAGUUAUUGAGAGUUUAUUAUGAAGGAAACGCACCUGAAAUGGAGAGCAUUGGCCUAAGUGAGCGCCAUCUUAUUUACGCUACCAAAGCCGACAGCGAACUCGAUGCAGUGAAAGCCAAGCCCGUCAUGGCUUCGCAACUCAGCAAAGGUGAUUAUGUAUGGGUACAGGAUAAUUCAGAAUUGGUUGCCAAAAAAGUCUCUGUAGUGUUACCAUACGUUGGAAAUGUGAUCCAUCCACUCACUGACAACCAUCACAUCAUUGUCAACGGUGUUCACGCUUCAGUACACAUCAUCAAUGAAAGUGCAUACAGAAUCAUGACAGCGCCAUUGAAAUGGGUCUGUUGGAUGAGCCCAGAAGCUGGCGAGAGCAAACUCGUCAACAAGCUGGUGCGCCUUGUGGAGGACGCAAAAGAACCAUUUGCAAGCAAUACACUUGGAAGCGUUUUCCAAAAGAGAGAUGUGCAUAUGGGGAUCUAUGGCAUGAGUGAAGCUUGAGAUACCUGCAGCAGAAAAUAAAACUGGACUAUCGUUCUUCAAAAAUAUAUGUAUCAGAAAGUUUGAUUUGUCUGUAUCAGAAAAUAAACCCCAUAAACCUAACCAGUUUAUAAAAUUGAAAGUAUCUGUAUCAGAGAAAGGAUAAAUCUGAAUCAUAUCAAUUUGAUCAAAAAUCAUUUGAAUUCAAAA